UCACUUGUCGUAGUGUUUACUGUUUUCAUUUCUAAUAGCAAAUGAAAACAAAACAACGUGCAUUAUUUCGCUAGGUUUGCCAGCCGGUAUUGUUUCUUCGUUGUUGCCUUGAAAAAAGAGCGUGAUCUUUUGAAAAUGUCACCAGAAGAUAACUGGAAGAUGGAGCAUGAAAAGAUGCAUAUAAAACACAGAGGUCAUGAAGCCAUGCAUGCUGAGAUGGUUCUUAUUCUUAUUGCUACCCUGGUGGUAGCUCAGAUUGUCCUGGUCCAGUGGAAGCAGCGACAUUGUAGAUCAUACAAUAUGGUGACCUUGCUGCAGAUGUGGGUCGUCCCUUUGUAUUUCACUUUAAAAUUGUAUUGGUGGCGUUUUCUCUCCACGUGGGGAAUGUUCUCGGUGAUAACCAGUUACGUCAUCUUCAGAGCUACCCGAAAACCUCUGUCCGGAAGAACGCCACGAAUGGUAUAUAAGUGGUUUCUCCUCAUCUACAAGCUGAGUUAUGCAGUGGGUAUUGUUGGAUAUGUUGCAAUUAUGUUUACCAUGUUUGGGUUCAAUUUAUUCUUCAGGAUUAAAACAGAAGAUUCAAUGGAUUUUGGUGUGAUUUUGCUGUUUUAUGGCUUGUAUUAUGGAGUCAUGGGGAGAGACUUUGCUGAGAUAUGUUCAGAUUAUAUGGCCUCUACAAUAGGUUAUUAUAAUGUUGGGGCCAUGCCUUCAAGAAAUCUCUCUGGCGACAUCUGUGCUGUGUGUGGACAGAAAAUAUUUGUGAAUCUAGAUGAAGAAGGAAUCGUUGAAAACACCUACCAGCUCUCAUGUGGUCACAUAUUUCAUGAAUUUUGUAUUCGGGGUUGGUGUAUUGUGGGAAAGAAGCAAACCUGCCCUUACUGUAACGAGAAGGUGGACCUCAAGAAAAUGCUGAAUAAUCCCUGGGAACGUACUCAUGUUUUAUAUGGUCAGUUGCUGGACUGGUUACGAUACCUGGUUGCCUGGCAACCUGUAAUAAUUGGUGUGGUUCAUGGUAUUAAUUACACCUUAGGACUUGAAUAGUUCUAUUUUGUUCAUGUAAUGCUUUCAGUAAUGGCUGUAAAAGUAUCUGUAUAUCCUGUAUUUAUAUUGUAAAAACAAAAUGGUAUAAUUUAUUAAUGUAAAUAGCAGUGCCAUAUUCAUAUGUGUAGUAGCACAGCAUUCUCAUGAAUUUUGUAAUGGUAAGAUAAAUUGUACAGACUGCAUAUCUUGAAAUUCAAGCAGUAAAUAGUGACCUAUCAUUUUUUUCACCUUUUACUUUUUUUAUGCAAUGUAGAUUUGUUUUUAAAAAAAGUCUUAUUCUGACAGUCUAAAAAAUCAAUUAGUAACUUAUACCUGUGUGUGGUUUACCAAGCAUUGGUUGAUUUUGUCUAUGAAGAGCUAGAGAUUUAUAAAACUCUGUCUGAAUUAAAUUCAUAGUUUUGA